UAAAAAAUAUUAAAAAAAUCCUCAAAAAAUUAAUAAAAAAUUAUCAUUAUUAUUAUUAUUAUUAUUAUUAUUAUUUUCAAAUCCCCCUCUCUAUCCCCUUCCCCUCACCGAAGCGGAAGAGAAGAGAAAAGAGAAGAGAAAAGGAGAGCUCGAAAUAAUAUAUUUUUUUAUACAUAAUUUUUUUUUUUAUUCAUAUAUUUCUCUCGUUUCCUCUCCUCACCUCCUCUUCCUCUUCCUCUUCCUCUUCCUCGUCUUCGUCCUCUUCGGAUCUCGGAGAUCUCUCGUUUCCUCCCCCGUCGAGCUUCGCCUCCUCGUCGCGCUCCGGUUCCGGAUAGCUGGAUUUUGAUUCAAAAAACAGAGGAACGAUAACGUUGAGGGAUUCGUAGUUUCGAGAGGCGGUUCGGGUUACCGUUGACUUUUCCGCGGUCUUGUGUUGACUUUGGAAUCCUGGGAGAUUAUUUGGGCGAGUAAACGAUCUGAAACGGAAAAAAAAAAAGGAAAAAUCGAAGGAACUAUGAAGAUGAUUAUCUAAAGUGCACACGACCUGCUGCCUUUUGUGCAAGAGUUGUGGCUAUAUUUUGUCUAUAGAAGUAUUAUCAUUCAAACCAAUUGAGAAACUGAUGGUGAUAAGAGUUUCCGGAUGAGGAGGCAAGAUGAAGGUACAUGAUGCGUGGCAGCUAAGCAUUAAGGAUAUGGCGAUGUUGCAGCCGCCACGCCAUAGACCCGGCUCAAAAAGACCUAUGUGGAUAAUUGUCUUAGUAUCUCUGGUUUGUGUCUCAUUGAUCGGGGCUUAUGUCUAUCCACCUCGCCGUUUUUCGGCUUGCUACUUCUUUGCUUCGAACGUUUGCAGUCCUUUCAAAGAUUGGCUUCCCCUUACUACGGUGCCUUCGCGAGAAUUGACUGAUGAUGAGAUUGCUUCCCGUGUUGUGAUUAAAGAUAUCCUCGCGAUGCCUUCAGUUCCGUCAAAGAAUCAGAAGAUUGCUUUCAUGUUCUUGACUCCGGGUACAUUGCCCUUCGAAAAAUUGUGGGAGAAAUUUCUCCUGGGCCAUGAGGGUAGAUUCUCCAUUUAUGUACACGCAUCAAGGGAAAAACCUGUACAUGUUAGUCCUUUCUUUGUUGGCCGAGACAUUCGCAGUCAAAAGGUGGAGUGGGGAAAGAUUUCUAUGAUUGAUGCAGAGAGGAGACUACUGGCAAAUGCACUCCAAGACCCAGACAAUCAGCAUUUUGUGUUGCUUUCAGACAGCUGUGUUCCUCUACAUAAUUUUGAUUAUGUGUACAAUUAUCUCAUGGGAACCAACAUCAGCUUUAUUGACUGUUUUAAGGAUCCUGGCCCUCAUGGAAAUGCCAGGUAUACUGCACACAUGAUGCCUGAGAUUGCAGAAGGGGACUUUAGAAAGGGUUCGCAGUGGUUCUCAAUUAAGCGACAACAUGCUUUGCUGAUUGUGGCAGACAGCCUCUACUACAACAAGUUCAAGCUUUACUGCAAGCCAGGAUUCGAAGGUCGCAAUUGCUAUGCAGAUGAGCAUUACUUGCCAACCCUAUUCUAUAUGGUUGAUCCAACUGGGAUAGCCAAUUGGUCAGUGACACAUGUCGAUUGGUCUGAAGGAAAGUGGCACCCAAAAGCAUAUCGAGCUAAGGAUAUCACUUACGAACUCCUGAAAAAUAUAACAUCCAUCGAUCAGAGUUUCCACGUUACAAGUGAUGAGAAGAGACUGGUGAUGCAAAAGCCCUGUAUGUGGAACGGGAUGAAGAGACCUUGCUAUUUAUUUGGUCGGAAAUUUUAUCCUGAAACCCUUGAUAAGCUAAUGAACUUAUUCUCGAAUUACACAGCUAUUUGAAUUUCUCGGCUGAUUCUUUGAUCGAUUGUGCGCCUUUUUCACUCGAGUCCAACCUUCAGUAAUUAUUUUUUUGUUUUGAUUUUUUUGUAAAUCAUUAAACGAAACCCGCUUUCUUAA